AUGUCUGCCAAUGAUAUACAAAAUACUACUCACAGAUUUUCUGAUGCAGCUGGAGAACCAUGUGUCAUGUUAACACCAAUUGAAGGUUUUAAUAAAAAACCAUUAGUUACACUUGAAGAAGCUACUGAACCAUUGAAGAACAUUGUUCCUUGUAUUAGCACACAUGCACAUACAGCUAAAGAACGUGCAAAAAAUCCAGCAGAUGAUCUUUCAGUUGAUGAAUCAGCUUCAAUUGCAUUGUAUACAAUGGAAUGGGAACCACAUACAAAUUCACUUUAUUUUAUUCUUAAUUCUACAUUACGUAAUGAAGAUCGAAACAAGUUGAAACCAUGGUUUCUUUAUCUUAAACUUAUCAUUACUGCAUUAUCUCGUCUUCCAUCAUUAAAUCUAUCUAUUUAUCGUGGAGUUAAAGGAAUGGUUGCUAGUGAACAUGAAAAAUAUAAAAUAGGAAGUAAACUCGUUUGGUGGGGUUUUUCAUCAUGUUCAGCAAUUCGUGAUAUUUCUGAAAAUGAUCAUUUUCUUGGACAAACUGGUGCAAGAACAUUAUUUGUUAUUGAUUGUAUUAAAGGAAAAAAUAUCCAAAACCAUUCACGUUUUAAAAAAGAAAAUGAAAUCUUACUUUUACCUGCUACUCAUGUUGAAGUUAUUAGUUAUGAACAACAACCAAAUAAUUUACAUGUUAUUCAUCUUCAAGAAAUUGAAUCAUCAGAUAUUCUUUUGGAAUCUGUAUCUGCAGAAAAAGAGAUUCAAGAUUUUAAAAAAAUGUCAAUACGAAAAAUUAAGCUACGAACACUAAUAAUGUCUUCCAUGAUAAUUGGCCAUUAUCGUAAUACCAAGCUUAAAGCAUAUAUGCAACAAUGCAAGUCUGAAUCUGAAGCACAUUUAAAUGGAAGACGUCUUUCCAACUCUGAGGUUGAAGUUGUUGUUCAAGAAUUAAUACAAGAGAAAAAAUGUCGAUCUUUAUUUUUAAGAGAUAGUCAUAUAACGUCUGAAGGAGCAUUGAUUAUUUCUGAAGCUCUACGUAAAAAUAAUACAUUAGAAGGAUUAUUUCUUGCUCAUAAUCAACUUGGUGAUGAUGGUACUAAAUAUCUUGCUGAAGCACUUGACGGUAAUAAGAAUUCAACUAUUAAACAACUAUCUCUCUGUGAUAAUGGUAUAACAGAUAAAGGUAUUGAAUAUUUAGCAAGAAUGUUGGAAUCAAAUGCAACAUUAACACAUUUAUGGUUAGCAUCAAAUAAAAUAAGUGAUCAAGGUUUAGAACUAUUAUCUGAAGUGCUUAUUAAUAAAAAUAACACUUUACAAGUACUUUCACUUGAAUGGAAUAAAUUUCAUAGUGCUACAAGUAUUACUAAUCUUGUUGGCUUACUUAAAAUAAAUAAAUCCUUAACAACACUUAAUUUAGAAAAUUGUAGAUUAUCUGCAUCUGGUGUCGAACAGUUGAAAAUUUUAGCAAGAAGAAAGAAAAACUUCGAAUUACUCAUACACUAA